CACACGCCGACGACGACACCACUCUCUAAUGUGAGAAACAAACGUCACCUUGCUUCCUCCACUCCGAAAAUGUCCCAGGGAUGUACGGUUUCUGUGGAAGAGGUCCAGUCCUGGUGGGAAGUCCCCGCCAUAGCCCACUUCUGUUCGCUGUUCAGGGCAGCGUUCAACCUUCCCGACUUCGAAAUCGAGGAAUUGGAGAAGGCACUUUCAGAGCAGGACUUGAACUUCCUUGGUGACCUUAUUGCUUGUCUGCUGCAGGGAUGUUACCAGCGCACUGACAUCACUCCCCAGUCCUUUGGCCGCUACCUGGACGACAUCAUCAGCUACAGGUGGGAACUGGAAGAGGGGAAGCCCAACCCGCUUCGGGAUGAACCUUUCGAAAAUCUGCCCCCUCGCACUCAGAUUGAAUUGCUGCACAGACUCUGCGACUACCGUCUGGAUGCUGCUGAUGUGUUUGACCUGCUCAAGGGACUGGAUGCAGACAGCCUGAGGGUAGAACCUCUAGGGCAAGAUGGGAAUGGAGCCCUCUACUGGUAUUUUUACGGCACUCGUAUGUACAAAGAAGAGCCACUCAAAAGAAAAGCAGACAAAAACAGUGAAAGCCCUGAGCUAACUUUACCAGAGAAAAGGAAAAGGGGAAGACCACCAAAGAGGAAAAGAUUGGAAGAUGCGGAUGCCAGAUGCGGAGCUGGAUGUGAAACCAACUUCCUAACGGAGCCAUCUGAGUCAGAAAGUGAAGAGAAUUCAGAAAAUGGCCUGGAUGAUGUCCCUCCUGCUAAAGGCUAUAAGCGAGGCACUUGGUCCCUUGUGUGCGACACAGAGGAAGAGUGGGUCAGCUUGGCGGAAAGCGUAAAGGAUAAAGCGUCUCCGCAAGACCGCCACCUCUACCGUGUCAUCAGCCAGAAUUUCUUGCCUGAGAUACGCAGCAUGAUUGAACACAAGGAGCGUGAGCAGAAACAGAAGCUAGAAGAUCCAGCCCCGUUCCGUACAUCAGAACGAUACUCUGAAAAACACUUGGACCAGGCGGAGGAGGGUCAUGUGAAGGCCAACGUGGAGUUGGAGAAGAGGAAAGAUGAAGAGCUGGACAGGCAGGUCCUGCUGGCCGAGCAGCGGCGAGAGGAGGAAAGGCUCCAGCAGCAAGAAAGACAGCGAGAGAAGAUGGAGAAGAUCAAAGCCGUAGAGGAGCGGGCAAAAAGGCGGAAAAUGCGAGAGGAAAAGGCCUGGCUGCUGUCUCAGGGAAAAGACCUUCCGCCAGAGCUUCUCAAUCUGGAGCCUUCUUCACCGGUCCUGAGAACACGGAGGACCAAAGAAUUCUACGAGAUGGAAGAUGACUACACGGGUUUAUACAAAGUGCUGGAGGCCCUGAAAGCUCAUAAAGAUGCCUGGCCUUUCUUAGAACCCGUGGAUGACUCCUACGCCCCCAAUUACCAUGACAUCAUCCAGACUCCCAUGGACCUCUCUACCAUUGAGAGGAAAUUCAACGAUGGAGAGUAUGUUUCCAAGGAGGAGUUUAUUUCUGACGUGAAGCUCAUGUUUGAAAACUGCAUCGAGUACAACGGAGAAGACAGCGAGUACACUGUGAUGGCAGAGUCCCUGGAGCGCUGUUUUAACCGGGCCCUGUUAAAACACUUGCCGUCGGAGGACGGCGACACUGAUGAGGAAUUCCACAUCAGCAGAGAAGACAAGGAGCGCAAAGAGAAAAAGCGCAACCGUAGCAGUAAACAUUUGGGGCCGGAAAGUUUGAUCAAGGCCGCCGAGGACGUCCAGCGUAAACGAAGUGCCCUGGAAGCCAAAAGCAAAACGCCGUCAGAGGACCAGGCUAGCACGUUGGUACGGCAACAUCCGCCGCCACACUGGGGAAACCACGCCCCCCAACCCUACAGCCUGCCCAUGAGCCAGCAACGCCAUCACAAGGGACACAGCGGGGGGAUUUACCAACACUUACAUCGUCUUCCUGGUCCUCAUGGUCCGCACAUGUAUGCUCACAGAAUGGGCAUGGAUCCUCGCUUUGCCUACCCAGGUCACAUUCCCAGGCCCGGGGACCCCAACUUCAACCGCUUGCCACACAGCUUUAACAUGCAGCAUGGCGUGGUCGAAGGGCCCCACGUGAACCACCCAUAUCCGAUGGGCCCUGACGCUACCCGGCCUCCCCAGCAGCAGCACCCUUACAUGGGUCCAACCCAUGGCCCAUCUCUGGGCCCCCGUCCUAUGGCCCUUCAACUGAGACCUCCUCCUGAAGCCAGCAUAUACCCAGCCCACCACCGCCCGGAGGGCCACACAAUGCACCCAAUGGGAAACAGACCAUCAGGACCUGAAGGACAUCAGCAGCCCAACUACCCUGGACUGAGGCCUCCAAGUAUGGGGUUGUCUAACAUGUGGACUAGUAUGAAUCACCAGCAUCCAGAGAGACCCAAUGGAAUGCACGUGCAUGACCCCAACGGGGUCAACCAGCACAAUUUAAGCUAUGGUGGCAUCCCACCUCCACUGGGACACAAACCGUGGCCGGAGGCCGGAUAUCCCCAUCCCCCUCCCAGUGCCCAAUGCCAAAUGUCUUCAGUAGUUAGUUCCCCGGGGCCCAUGCCACAACGCCCCCCCUUAAGCCACUCGGACUCCUCUGGCAAGACACGGCUGACUUCCAUGCUGGAAAGUCCAGAGAUGCUGGCUCUGCAGCAGCUGUCGGCCUCCUCUGGACCCCCUGCUGGCUCCCCCCAUCAGCACAUGGGCCACUUUCAGCGGCCCAGGCCCCCGUCAGGAUUUGGCAGCCUCCCAACUCACCCCUCUCAGCCGCCUCCCCCUGCCCACGAGGUUCAGCUGCUGUGUUCCACCACAGACAAUGGGCCAGACGGCCAGGCUUCCCCACAGGCAGACCACAUGCGGCCAAAAGGCACAUCAGAAACCAAAGUGUCCGUUCAACCCCUUUCAAGUGUAUCUUGGCCAAACAACCCAGUUUCAUCUAACCAAGAUCACCCGUCCAUUCCCAAACCCACAGAAGCCCACAGUGGACCAGCACAGGGAUCCCACAGCCCCCGUGGCCCUGACUUCAGAAGUCCUCAGGAUGUUGUGCCAACGGAUGAACUGGGUCGAGCAGAGCGCCACAAGCAGAAAGUAGACAGCCAGACGCAAAAUAAUGGUUCCGCCCCCGCGCCCUUGCACUUCACCGCAGGUAAUAACCGUUCCACAGAUGCCACCAGGCCUAAAGCAGCCCAGAGUAGCCCCCCACCAGUGACCAAGAGCCCCACACUUCCCCAGAGGAUAUCACCAUCCUUGCACGCCCCUUCCCAAAGCAAGCCACCAUACAAUCAGCAAAAUUCAACCCCAGAAACUCUAAAUGGGGCAUCUAGAGACCACCAUCAGGACUCUCCGUCCAAGAUCCAGAACCUGAACCAGAACACAACACUACUACAGGCUCCUCAUCUUGUCGCCCAGAACGACUCCCCACAAUGCCCCCCGCCGAACAGCUUGAUGCCCCAUGGUGCCUCUCAGGGAGCCCAGGCUGGACACCCUCGACCAGCCCCUCUCACCUCUCUUCCCCCCAGCCACCCCACCCUCCACCUCCCAGCCCAGCCCAGCCCAGCAGAGCAUGGCGAUCAAAGACCAUGUGAGCCUACGAGUAGACCAGACCCAGAAGGUCCACAUGUCAUCAAAUGUGGGCCUUCAAGUGGCGUCUUUAGUCCCAACCAGGGUGAACCCCAGAUGAGUAGUAACCAAACAGGUAGGGGUGCGGCCCCCGCUCACAAUGCAGUCAUGACGCCCCCCCCCCAAGGCCAGGUCACCGGAGCCGUGGGUCCGUACAGCAUCAAGAAUCCUCCACAUCUACAGUACAGCCAGACCAGCGUGACGGGGCCCGUCUCUCAUUCUCACCAUCCAUACCACAACCGGACCCUCAACCCCCCCCACGCUUCCCAAGACCACCCCAGCUAUCAGCCGCAUCAAAGAAAUGCCUUUUCCUAUCACGUGCCCGGCCAUCACGCCAACAUGUACCCGGCCCCUCCCUUCCAACAAGAACACUAUUACCCCCGCCCACAGGCCCAUAACCUGGCCCCCAGCCGAGGGACUUAUCCUCCAGACCACUGGCAGCGCUCUCAUUAUCAGCCCCAGCAGCCCCAGCAGCCCCAGCAGCCCCAGCAGCCCCAGCAGCCCAUGCCACCGAUGGCCUACCUUCCCGUGUGCAGCGCCAAAGGCAACGGUCUGGCCAAUGAGAGUCGAGUGUCCCCCACGGGCUCUGAGGGCUCAGCUGGGGUGAGUUUGGUGUCUCCCGGGCCCGUGUCUGAAGCCGGGUCCCUCCCGGGAGGCCUGGAGGACAGGAAGCAGGAAAGCAGAAGCGGUUGUAGCGAGAGCCCGGGAAAGUCCAGUCGUUCUCGGGGGAGCUUGGAACGACCCGAAAGUCCAAAAGAAAUCCUGGACCUUGAUAGCCACAACGCUGUCGCCCACCAUCGCAGCACGCAGCCGCACGCGCCGCAUGGCUUCCUGUACGACCCUCGCUCCAUGCACGCACCUCUAUCCCACUUGGUGCCUCCAGGCGGCGCCGUCGGGAACCGAUCCCUAUACACGAGGCCCCCGUACCCGGAUCCGGGACGUUACGCUGCACAGGGACCUCACCCACACCUCAUGGAGGCCCUCCAGCGGCCCCAGCAGCUGCCCUUCUCCCCCGGCCAGAUGCGCUUGUCCAUGUACCCUCGCCCUGGCGGCCACUUCCAAGGAAUGCUGAUUCCGCAGAGAGGCUCGCCGUCGGAACGCCUGCAGCACCCGGGGCAACACAUGAUGGCUGCACCCGGCGCCUCAAGCAGCAAACAAGGAGUGGGAAAUGCGUAGCAUUAUCACGGUCAGUUAUUGGUCACGUGACACUGCAAACAUCUCUUAUCUUCAAUUGGAUUGUUUAUCAGCAGUAAGAAUAAGAGUUCACGUACAGGUGGUCCUCGGGUCAUUUUGGUCCACAAACGGGACCAACGGGUCCUCUGUAUGCAAACUCUCUGGACAACGAGAACACGGGUUAUGCCUGGUCCGCCAGACUAGGAAGAAUACCAGCACCGCAUACGGCACCAAAGAAAAGGAAAGCCGCCACCGAGGAAGGAGAAAUGAGCGUCACAAAAAGAAGGAGGCGUGCCCACCAGUAUUGGCCUCUCCAUAGUCGCAACCUCCUGACCUCAUUCCAUCCCAGACAUUUUCCAAAAGCCGCCCGUCUUAGUCCGACAUUUUUGAUGACUUGACUGAUUUUUCAAGGCACGCUUGGGCUUGGUAGACGUGGUACGGACCCAAGACGUUUCAGGAGGAAACUUUGUUUCUACCUUUUUGCCAUUCACUAGAAAAAACGUUAAAAAACUAAAACUUGCAACACAGUCCAGGACCGCAACUCGCUGGUAAACCGAGGACCACCUGUACCUGGUAAUCCCAAGACUACGAUGCAACUACACAGCCAACCGAACCUUUCCCGUCCUUUCUCUUUCUGCUCUGCAGGCUUGCCUCCCUGAUCCAAAGGAGGGAUUUGGGAAUGCCGACGGAGGCGGUUUUAGGGUAUUAAUAGCACCUCCUUCCAACUUGUACAAUAUACUUUCACUGGCUUCUACUUCGGUCAUACUACACACCAACACACACACGGCCAACAGGACGCUUUAGGUCUGGUAGAGCUCCUGGUACGUCUACAGUCUUCAGGACGCUUUAGGUCUGGUAGAGCUCCUGGUACAUCUACAGUCUUCAGGAAGCUUUAGGUCUGGUAGAGCUCCUGGUACAUCUACAGUCUUCAGGAAGCUUUAGGUCUGGUAGAGCUCCUGAUACGUCUACAGUCUUCAGGAAGCUUUAGGUCUGGUAGAGCUCCUGGUACGUCUACAGUCUUCUCGUCCCCUCAUGGACUUGGAUCAUCCAAAUUCAGUACGACGCAAGGACUCUUUACUAUUGGGCCACAAUCGUUGGGAAAACACUGGAGGCCCCUCCCACUGUGAACAAUCAAGGGCAUGGAUGGAUGGAUUGGCUGGCCGCCAGCCAGAAGGGAAAGGGACUGUUUGUUGCACUGCGUUCCAAGAUGUUCAAUUCCAACCGUCUUGUUAAUCUCAGGUAUAUGAGGAUGAGGAUGGUACACUGGCCAAGUGGACUCACGGGUCCGGGUGGCCUGGUCGGCUUCCUGAAUGUAUGAGUGAAUGUUUAGAUGCGUCACAUUGAGGCUGCAAGUGAGAGAGUGAAGAGUAUGAACGGAUAAACUUCCAGGAGUAAGCCCACUACAGUAGUCCGUAGAACUGCCUUCAUGUCCAAGCCUGUGAGGUCCGGCUCAGAUGACACCGCUUGUAUCUGAUCGUAGCCGCCUCCUAUAUGCACCAUGGCAUCCUCAAUGAGCGGCCUUGCCUGGACUUCCAUUUGUAGUUCCUUUAUGUGUCCAUAAUCCCAAACCUCCCAAGUACAGGAAUGUCGCAUCCUGCUCCAAAACUCCACUGAUGUCCAGCGUGACGUCAGGCAUUCCGCCUUCAUGGACAACCAGCUUGCUGGCUUCUGUGGUUGGCUUCCUCUUCUCAGGGAUGACACUUUUAUACGGGUAUUUUUCUCCUCUGCUUGGAGGCAGGUGCAACCAGGGACCCAUUGGACUCCAUCUGAGGUCGAAACUGGAGGAACUUUUUAUAGCUUGACUGCAAGUGAAACUGAUGCUUCUCUAUUCCUCUGUUUUACGUCACUGGCUUUUUUUCAACACUUCCUUUGUCAGGGCAGCUGCCAUCAUCUCAUCGACUUGUUUUCCACCCGCCGUCUAAACCACGUUUGGCACCAAAUCCAUCUACCUCUUUCAGCCAAUGUGGGGACUUCAUCCCAGAUGUAUGUAUGUCAAUAUGGCGGUGUCUAUGCUUGCCUGUGGAGGUGCAGGAUGUAGUACUGUACUCUAGUACUGUAGUUUGACAGGAAUACACAUUCACAGCCCUGGAAAGUCUUUUUACUCUCCAAAAACACAUCUUAGCCGCUGUAUGUCUGUAGUAAUAUAUGUAUAUAUAUAAAAAUACAGGUAAAAUGUACAGCAUACCACAUCUUUCAUGUCCAUGCCUUUAUGCUGUACUGACAAACAUUGAGAUUUUGCACUUUGUUUGGGCAUCCGUGAACGCACCAUAUGUCAAAAAGACAUUUUAAUGUCCGUGUGAAUUCUGUUAAGUUUUACCAUCAUCAGGCAUUGUCAGUGAACGUCUCACUGGAGAAUUAUCACCUAGGUUUUACCAUCAUCAGGCAUUGUCAGUGAACGUCUCACUGGAGAAUUAUCACCUAAGUUUUGCCAUCAUCAGGCAUUGUCAGUGAACGUCUCACUGGAGAAUUCUAAGUUUUACCAUCAUCAGGCAUUGUCAGUGAACGUCUCACUGGAGAAUUAUCACCAGGAUGUUAUUUUCUAAUUGUGAAUUGUCUCAAUGUAGUCUCAAUGCUCCAACGGGUCUACUCUGGACGUGUGGACACUUGUACCAUCUAAUCUGUAUAAAGUUGUUGUGUGUUUGCCUGAGUGACAAAAAGGUACAGUGUACCUGUGUGUAUGUGUGUGUGUGUGUGUGUGUGUACCUGUGUGUGUGUUGGGUGUGGAAUUGGCACCGGACGCUGCCAACUGUGUGCAAAGUACUUUGCGAUGCACUAGUGAAAACCAUUUAGAUGUGAAUUCUAUUUAUUUGCUCUUAAGGAUUUUUGUACAUCUUUUGGACUUGUUUUAAUAUAAAUGAGCUGUCUUUUUCUUCCAUGUUGCUGAGUGUGUGUGUGUGUGUGUGUGUGUGUGUGUGUGUGUGUGUGUGUGUGUGGUUACAUGUAUGUUUUUGUUCUUGACUGACAUAGAUUGUUUGGGAAAUGGACUGGAGUAUUUUCUAUACUGUACAUUUCUUAGAAAUAAAUAUCUUUCUUCUCUUUCUA